GCGAAGCCAGGUCAUUUGAUUAAUGGGGGAAGCAGAAGAGGUUCUCCUCUCUUAUCAUACGUCCCAGGUCUAUCUAUCCAAUUCCAAAGAGGGCCCAACAUCUCGGCACUUUUUCCCCUUUUCCCCAUUUUUCUAUCUAAAACCUAAAGACGACGAUCUCUUUGCGGAGCUAAAGAAUCCCUAAAAUAAGUCUCACCCUCUCUCUCACUCAUAUUCUUCUUCCCCCAAUCUCUGAUUCUCUGCUUUCUUUCCUCUCUUGCCCUCAAUUCACGCUUUUACUUCGUUCGUUCCUCCGUCAGUUUCAGCCCCGAAAGCACCUCUCUUUUCACACCCACUUCCCCAAAUGUCUCUGUCUUCCCAAAAAGACAACAGUUUUUGACUUCUGGGUUCAACUUUCAUUUCUUGGCUUUCAUUUGGCUGAGUCUCAGUUUCUUGUCUUUGGAAUUUGAUCUAUCAUCUUCAAGGACAACUCUUUAGUUAUUGAUUUUUUUUCGAUUUCUGUUUCUUGUGUAAGUUUGUUGGGUUUCAGUAAAUUUCAAGUUUUUGCAAGUGGGUAUUGGGAUGUGAUGUCGGUGGAAUAGAAGAGGAGUUUGGUGUGGGUGUGUUGAAAGAUGAAGAGAGGAGGCAGAGAUGAUGAAAAGGUUAUGGGGCCUAUGUUCCCAAGACUCCAUGUGAAUGAUGCAGAUAAAGGAGGGCCAAGAGCACCUCCAAGGAACAAGAUGGCCCUAUAUGAACAGCUUAGUAUACCCUCCCAGAGGUUCAACCAUGGGGUUAUGCCACUCAAUCAAAACAGCAAUAGCAGUAUGGGAUCCCCAGCUUUCUCCAAUCAGGGGAAUGGUCCUGAAAGAAUUUUGCCUUUACCAAUUCAUGGUCGUCCAUCUACACCUACUCAUCACUCUGGCCAGUCUGAUGGAGUAAAUGUGAACAUGCCCUCAGUACAACCUCGGCAAAGAAAGAGGGCAGGAGAUGAAGAUGAUUUUACGGUUCCUGUAUUUGUUCAAUCAAGGAUGGGUCAAUGUCAGAGUAGAACUCAAAAUGGUGGUGGUAAGGCAAAACUUACUCCCUUCAGCCAGUCUCAUUCUGACUGUGCAAUAAAAUUCAAAAGUGCAUCCAAGAAGGAUAAUAAACAAAGUAGCUCCCCCAGUCUCAAUUUAAGACGAGAAUUUAGAAGUGAGACAGAAGAGGAUCUCAACGCAUGUAGCUCAGCUAGGGACCAUUCAGUAAAAGCUGCCACAAAUAUCUCAACUAGAGAAAUGGUUGAUGUUCCUGUAAAUGUGAAUGCUUCUCCAAAUGAAGAGUAUGAAGACCAUCCUGUUCCUACUUUCAACAGGUCUUGUGAUAGUGAUGCUUGCUUACAACAAGACUCUAGAUCUGGGUCCCAACUAAACAACACUGAACAAGAUGAUAGUCUCCUUGAGUCCACAAGGGAUGUAGAGAAGGGAACUGUUUCACAGGCAAGAAGUGUUUCUCGUUACGGGGGGAAUCAUAGCAGUCCCAACGAGCCUGAUAAUGACAGUGAAUACCAUGUAGACAGAAUGUGUAUUUCAGCACAAAUGGGAAAUGCAGACAAAGGUGAUGAUGUCUCAGAGACCUCCAUGGUGGAUUGUAUAUCAGGCAUGGACAUCUCUCCUGAUGAUGUAGUAGGAAUAAUAGGUCAGAAACAUUUCUGGAAGGCAAGAAAGGCAAUUGUCAAUCAGCAAAGAUUGUUUGCAGUGCAAGUAUUUGAGUUGCAUAGACUCAUUAAGGUCCAACGACUGAUUGCUGGAUCUCCACAUCUUUUGCUUGAAGAUACUGCUUUCCUAGGCACAUCCUUAAGGGGUUCUCCUGCAAAGAAACUCCCGGCAGAGUAUGUUGUAAAGCCACUACUACUAAAGCGCAAGCAUGAAUCUGAGAAGUCAAAUAACAAAAUGGAAUGUUCUGCUGAAAAUGCGGUUGGGAAAGCUUCUCUUUCUUCUGUGAAAAAUGGUAGCCAGCCUUCACAUUAUGGACCAUAUGUAGGGAGUCCACCUCCUCCAGCACCUCUGCCUGCUGACAAUAAAGCGGCUCCUUGGUGCUUCCAUCAACCACCUGGGCAUCAGUAUUUAAUUCCUGUUAUGUCUCCUUCUGAAGGACUCAUAUACAAGCCAUAUAAUGGACCUGGAUUUGUGGGAGCAGCUUGUGGAGGAUGUGGACCUUUUGGCUCAAGUCCCAUGCCGGGUAACUUCAUUAAGCCAGCAUAUGGGGUUCCGGGAUCUCAUCAUCAAGGAAUGGGGGUUCUCCCUGUCCCUCAUCCUACUUACUUUCCUCCCUAUGGCAUGUCCAUCAUGAAUCCCACCAUGUCAAGCUCAGCUGUUGAACAAAUGAAUUGGUUUGCUGGACCUGGUAUGCAUGGAUCAACUGAUCAGUUGUCAGGAAACUCUAAUUUGCAGCAUCAAAGCUCAUGUAAUAUGCCAACACCCAAAAAUGGAGCUAUUCCUGCCAUGAAGUCUCGAGCAUCAAACCCCAGUGAGUUACAAGGAAGUACUGGUAAUAGUCCCGGUGACAGAGCACCAGUUGCGACGGAUCAAAAUGCUGAUGAAAGUGAUGCACUUCAACUUUUCCCUACUGUUCCAGCUACUGUUCCAGCAGUUCCAGAGCGAGUUCCCCAACCUCAUGAUACAAACCAGGCAACACGAGUGAUAAGAGUUGUCCCGCACAAUCCUAGAUCGGCUACUGCAUCAGCUGCUCGAAUUUUCCAAUCUAUACAAGAAGAGAGAAAACAGUAUGACUAAGUCUAGUUCGUCUUGUCUCUGGUAAACGACAUUGGCUUCAUUUAUCGAAGUAGGUGUGGGCGUCAUCAUUUGCUCUAUACCCUUUUGUGGGGUAUGAUAGUCUGUAUCUGUUUUGUUCUUUCAUAUUUUUUGAUCUUGUGAUAUUAUAUUCAUAUGUAUAGAUAAAUCUCUGGAUAGGCACAACCAGACCAGUGUAAUCUAAAUGUAUGAUAUAACUUCCAGAUGUUGAGUUAUUGGUUAUAGACUUGCUUUUGAAUCUUCUUCUUCUUCAA